AUGGCACCCCUCAGAAAGGUGUCGGCGCUCAUCGCCAUCUCGCUCCUCGCAUCCUCGGCAGCAGCAGACUCGGCAGCAUCACCCCACCUCGACUCGACACUCGCCAACCCCAACCUCGUACAGCGUUCGCCCGCCAUGCGCAUGCGCAGGCACCACCACUCGCUCAAGAGCCAGCACGACAAACGCCUCCUCGGCACCCUCUCCGGCCUCGGAAACGACGUCGGACACAUCGUAGGCGGCCUCGCAGGCGGUCUCACCGGUCAGGGCCCUGCUUCCGGCUUGAUUCCCAGCCUCGGCCUGCUCGAUGACCGCGACCGCGCCCCUGCCUCGUCGAGCUCCGGCCCAGCUGCUAGCCCCGGCCCGGUCGCCGCCCCGUCGAGCUCCAGCUCCACUGCGGCAGGCCAUCGAGAUCGCUCGUCCGACCCGUUGAACCUCAUAUCCGGCUCCGGCCUGCUCGACGACCUGCAUCGCGCUCCCGACCCGGGCUCCAGCUCUACAGACGAUCGCGAUCCCGCUUCCGACUCGACCUCGGGAGCAGACCACAGCCCCAGUCCGAGCCAGAUCCAGAGCCACAGCGACGCCGUCAUGGAAGCUGGCCUUCACAUGAAGAGGAGCGCCGAUGAGGAGACCGACAUGCAGCGCCGCCUCGUCGGUUCGAUCUUCGGUCUUCCUGGCAACAACAACAACCAGCCAGGCUCGAGCAGCGCGCCGCCGCCGCAAUCGUCCCAGGCGCCAGCGCCAGAGCCGUCUUCGUCCCACGCCGCUCCCGCCCCCUCGUCGAGCGCACAACCGUCGGCGCCAGCGUCGCAGGGCGGCAGCAAGGGCGGGGAUCACCAGGGUAGCACGGCCGGCCCAAGCACGACGCCCAGCCCGAGCGGCGGCGGCAGCUCCUCGCAGCCAAAGGGCGACACGGCCACCGCCGGCAACAACAACAACAACAACAGCGGCGGCAACAACGGCGGCGGCAACAGCAACAACGGCGGCGGCAGCUCGGCGACCAACGGCGGCAACAACGCCAACCAGAGCGGUGGCAAUGGUGCCGCCAGCAACAGCAAUGGCGGCGGCGGUGGCAGCAACAACAACGGUGCCAACGCUGCUAGCACGAACGGCGGCAGCGGCACGAACAACGCCGCGGAGCAGCAGGCCAAUGCCGCGGCCUACUCGGCCUCGGCGGCCGCUGCCGUCUCGGCCGCGCUCUCGUCGACCAACACGGUGGCGCCCGACGCCGGUACCACGGCCACGCUGUCCGACGGAGCUGCCCCAACCUCUCGUGGCGCCACGGCCACGCUGCGGGCUGCCGGCACCGGCGUCGCCGCCAACAGCGAGAGCGAGAGUGGCGGCGGCUCCAGCAGCACCAAGAUUGUCGUGCCCAUCGUCGAGACGCACGACUACUACUACGACGACGCCGCGGGCCCGCCGAUGCAGGAGGUGCAGGCUCCCGUCGCGUUCCAGGCCGUCGGCAGCGCCUAUGGCGACGGCGGAGCCCCGCCGUCGAGCCGGAUGCGCAACUAUGGCCGCAGCUACCAGCAGCGCGACAGCCACGCGCCCAGCGAGCUGUCGCUCGCCGAUGCCGCCUACGUCACCGACGACGGCGAGGGCUACUACGACGGCAGCUCCCGCGUGGGCUACUCGAGCGCCGCGGCGCGCGGCAUGGACGCCGCGGGCGCGCAGCACACGGGCGGCCGGAGCUACUCGCCCUACGCUGACCUGCAGCGCGCCGGCAGCGUGUCGCCCGAGCACGACGGCAGCUACGACGAGUACGACGGCCGCCAGCGCGGCGGCUACCACGGUCAGGCGGGCUCGCGUGCCGCUGCCGAUCCCUUUGCCGGAUGA